AUGUCUUCUCCAAUGACCUCGACACCAAUGCGCGCCCACCUCAGCCCAACCAAGUCUGUGCUUCGCCGCUCACGCGUCCCGGAUGCGAGCAUUCGACUUGCCUACUUGAAAAGCGAGGACACAAUUUCCAGCUCCUUUUGCGACACCACCGUCUCCGAUAACGAGGGACAUACCAAUGACUACCUUCUGCUUCCCAUGCUCUUCAAGUGUGCCGACGGAUCUACUUCAGGAGGCGAGAGCGACUACAAGUCCGACGAAUCGCCGCUGCCAGUCAAGAUGCCCAUACCUUGCGAUGGCAAGACGGCGCUUGCAGCUGCUCAGUGCGAGCUCAAGGAGACAAAGGCGGUGCUUUGGAUCGCCCGUCAGAUAAUUGACGGCAAGUCGAGGGAGCUGAAUAUCUGGCGCGCUGCUCCAAAGUGCCGCCAGUCGAGCCUCGAUAUCGAGGAAGAAUACAGCGGCGAGGCGCUCAUCGAGAAGUGGCUCAGGCCUCCAAAAUACAAGACGAGAGCAAGAGCUGACGAUGGGCAGGAUCGGUGAGUGAAUGCACACCGGUCAAGUGCUGACUUUUAUUGAUACUUGCGCUGACUACCGUCUCACCUCGCCUUGCCUCUUCAUGUAGACGCGCACGUCUUGACUUCCUGAAAGCCAAAUUUGCCCCAGCGGCAUCCAAAAGUCUUGACACCGAGCAAGACACGUCCGAGUGAGUGAGGGGCCUCAGCAGCGCGGAACUUCGAGCUUCGGCACCCGCGCGGCUGCUUACCUCAACUGCGAUAUAUUGAAAUUCUGCAGAUCUGACAUGUCUUGCUAA